CCAGGCCCCAGGGGAGGGCCAGGGGCCGCCCCUUUGCUUUGGCCUGGGUGCCUCCCUCUAUCCUGGCACCCUAGGGUGGGAGGUGGCGUGGAGGGAGGCCAGAGCGACGCAGGAGCGCCAGCCACAGCCUGGGUACCUGCCCCGUGGGUGCGUGUGCUGAGACUGAGCCACCCGCGGAGAGGAGAAAGUCGGGGCGACUGCGGAGACGGGAAAGGGGAGCCUACCGGUGGGCUCAUCGCAGAGCCUGAGACGAGGGUGUUGUCCUGAGCCACCAGCCACAAUGGGCAGAAAACUGGAUCUCUCCAAGCUGACGGAUGAAGAGGCCAAGCACGUGUGGGAGGUGGUUCAACGUGACUUUGAUCUUCGAAAGAAAGAGAAAGAACGAUUAGAGGAGCUGAAGGGCAAGAUCCGGAAGGAGAGCACGAAGAAGGAGCUGCUUUCGGGCCAGGCGCACCUGAACGAGACCCACUGCGGGCGCUGCCUCCAGCCCUACCGCUUCCUGGUCAGCAGCAAGCGACAGUGCCUGGACUGUCACCUCUACACCUGCCCGAAGUGCUGCAGCCGCAACCAGCGAGCGCAAGGCUGGGUCUGCUAUGCGUGCCGGCUGGCCAGAGUUGUGAAGACAGGCUCCCUCGAUUGGUACUAUGAGCAUGUGAGAGCAAGGUUUAAGCAUUUUGGUAGCGACAAAGUGAUGCGCUCUCUCUAUGGAAGGAUGCAGCAUGAACACAGUAACUUACCUGCUUUAGGUCUUCACAACAGAUCCCACAGUCUGCCAGACAUGAACAGUGAAGCACAGCUCUCUCCCAUCGGAGACAGCGGGGAAAGUGAGCAGACAUCUGAAGAUGAGGCUCCGGAUGGCCCGAGACUCAGCAUCUCAGCAGAGAAAAGCGGCUGCUGUCAGUUCAUCCCUUUGACUUUGAAGUCGACUCCGACUGUUUGGCUCAGUCUCGUCCUCAGUCUCUGCAGCUUUGUCCAGCGCCAACCGCCCUGGAUGGCCUUCAGGUACUGGAGGGACAUGGGUCUUCAGCCCUGUGACCAGACCCUCUCAGAUGAUCCCAGUGCCGAUGAUGAGGAAGCUGCCUCCCAGACAGAUGCCCUGAUCACCGAUGCCAGCCUCACCCCAGAGGCUCAGGACCUUCUCGAAGAGCAGGGAUGCAGCAGCCCCAAGGUGUCUGUGCUCUCAGACUCCAGCCUGGAAAGAAAGCCCAGCUCUGAGGGAGAAGCCAUGGGGAGUGACCAGCCCCAAGUCCAGUACUUUGCCAACAUGGACAUCUCAGACGAGGACCUUGAAGAGGACCACCAGAGAGCAGCCCACCCGACCCACCAUUCCAAACGCAGAAGCUGGACUUCCUCCCCGGAAAGCACAGCUCCCUUUGAAAGCCAGAUCCCUGACAUGAAUUGGCGCCUUCUGGCCAUUGAAUGCCUGCUGGCCCAGCUACAGGAGAGAAUCCUGGUACCCUGGGAGGAGUCCUUUGGGCCUGAGCCCCACACGGAGGCUGACAUAGAAGAAGAGGCCCUGAAGACCAAACUCGGGGAGCUGACCAGCAAGGUCAGUGACAAGGGAGGGUCUUCAGAGGAAGAAGAGGAGGGCCAGAGUGGGCUGAGCCCGGGAAGGAGCUCUGUAGCUGGCAGCGGACCCAUCGAGGCCCAGCAGGCUGGCCAGACACAUGGAGGGGAGAAUAGGCUUCUUGACCUUGAGGAACGAGUCCCAAGCACCAGAAGCCCUGAGUCAGCGCUCUCAGAGCUGGAGGACAGAGUGGCCUUGACAGCCACUGAAGUUCAGCAUGCAGAGAGGGAGGUGUCAGAUAUAAAAUCUCGAAUUGCUGCCCUCAGCGCCGCUGGACUUCCUGUCAAGACCUGGGAGAAACCAAGGAAGAAAUCAAACCUACAGAUAUUUCCCCUGCAGACCCCCAAGAGCAGCCUCGGAGUUGAAGAUCCCGAACUCUCUGGGGCAAACAAAGUAAUGGCUAGGCCACAUGUACAGAGGAGAAUAUUCAAUAAUUCUCUCAGACUUCAAGACAGAGUUGAUGGCCCUUUCAGCCGAGCAUCAGCUUACCGAGGGUCCUUGACCCAAAGAAAUCCCAAUGGGAAGAACAGAAGGGUGGAUCACAUCUUUGCGAAACCUGUGAUGACCCAUCAGCCUUAAAGAAGACCUUCAACCUUGGAAGUCACAUAAAGAAUGACUCACGUUUCCUCCACUAUCACUGCCAUUGUUUUCUUCUCCCUCUUCAAUUCUUUCUUGGAAAAAAGAGGAAACACCACUUGUAUGGGAUUCCAGCUUCAAGAUAAUAAUUGUUGUCAGCUUUUCCUCCAACCCUCUGCAGAGCGAACUUAAGAAUAGAACUACAUGGCCCAUCACUUCCCAGAUCAGGGCAACCUACUUGCUACCUGAUGCUGUGUUUCUUUCCAGUUGGAUAUGUCUCUGAAUUUGUAUUCCAUAGACUCAUAGUUUAGAGCUAGGAGGGACCUUCGGGAACAUCUGCUCAUGGGAACAUAGUAUCAUAGAUUUAGAGUAGGAAGAGACUUGUAAUCCAAUGCCUCCAUUUUACCCAUGAAAAUACUAACAUCCAGGAAGGGAAGUGAUUUGCCAAGGUCACCCAAAUAAUAAGUAGCAAAGCUGGGAUUUAAAUCUAGGUCCCUUAAAAAGGGGAUGUCAACCCUCAAGGGACCCAUUUAGAUACCUAUUAGAUGAUCACUUUCUUGUAUUGCUUUUCUAACCAUUGUUGCUUCUACCAUAAUGAAAAGAAAGAAUGUAUAAAUGGCCACUGGAGAUCAA